AUGCGUGAUCCUUCUGAUGUUGACGCUACCUUGCAGGAAGCUGACAAGAAAUAUGCCGACGAUGUUGCCUCCACUCUUCCGGAUUGCGAAAGUUUGGAAAUGAUUCCGGGUUACGACAGUUUGGAAAAGGAGGCCGCCAGUGUGGGGGCAAAAGAUAUGAAGCUUAUCUUGGAUGAGCUGGCGCCCUUAGCAGGUGAGGAGACGCAGUAUAUGAUGAGAGCAGAAGCGCUUCUUUCUGUGCCCCAUGCUCCGGACGGCGCCGCUUUGGUUCCGAGAGCUGUGGUACAGAGCACCCUUUCAGCCAUCAACAUUGCCCUUGAGAAGGUUCAGGGCGUGAUUGACCGGACCACCCCUUCUGCCCAGCAAGAGUUGGAAGAAACAGAGGCCUUGAACGCAGCCAGAAAAGCAGAGUUAGGUGUGCCUAUUGAACCACGUCACCCGGAUGAGGACAACCAGGAACCCUCUGAAGAUCAGGAAAUGGAGAUGCUGGCAGAGCUGGAAGAUCAGGAGAUGCAGAUGGAUGAUGGGACAGAAGGCCAAAAGAAUGAAAGCACGAAUGAAAGCCAAGAAGCACAGGAUGAUGAGGAGAACAUCACGCCCUGCAGCAAAACCACGCCAAAGGCAAAGUCAGGAGCCAGCAAAGCUUCGGCGAAGAAGCGCCCACGUGCCAAGCCAACCGCAAAGGCCAAAAGCAAGAGUUGCAAAAAACCAGCCAAGAAUGCGAAGAAGGCGUCCAGUGCCAAGAAAGGCAAGCCAAAGAAGACCGAUGACCCAGACGUUGCCCUGAAGAAGAAGCUUCAUUCCGCUGCUCAACUGCGCAUAGGCAAACCUAGUAAAUGUCCAAUGUGCCAAGUUUGCAAUAACAGCUGCGUGCGAUCAAUUUACAGUCACUCUUCCACUCUUUCUUCUUGCAGCCCAUUCAACAGAUCAGUCAUUUCAUGUGUAUCAUGUCCCAGGUAUAUUCUUCAACUUGGUCAACUUGUGCAGCUCGCGGUGAGAGUGGAGAAGCGUGUCGCAGGAAAGCAUUGGAUGCCAGAGUGA